GCUGUUUGUCAGGCUUACUCAAUGGCUCUUCUAUUUACCCUACUAGUGUAGCCUCCGCUAAGCUUAAAUCGAGCGGUCUUAUAUCCCUGUCGUGCCACCCACUCACUUGCACCCAAGCAAGUCAGAUACCCAGACCAGAUAGCCAAGCAAUGACCGUCUCUACUCAAGCAACCGGCUUUCACUUAGCCAACGGCAAAGGGUACACUCUGGGCCACGAUUCUCCGGCCGUAUGCCGUCUGAACCUGCAGAUCUACCUGUGGCAUGCCUCGCUGGGAUUCACCCUGCAUCCCUCGAUUCCCUUCCCCACUGCCGGGCGAAUUGCCGACCUGGCCACGGGCACCGCCCUCUGGUUGACGGAGCUGGCGCAGACCCUGCCCGCCGACGCCGACGUGGAGCUGGACGGGCUUGAUCUGGAUCUCAGCAAAGCGCCGCCCCGCCCCUGGCUUCCGGACAACGUCCACCUGCACCACGCCGACAUUCUGGCCCCAUUGCCAGACCCUCUGGUCGGACAAUACGAGGUCGUGCAUCUCCGCCUGCUCAUCCUGGUGGUGGAGAACAGCGACCCCACCCCGAUCAUCCGGUAUGCCCACCGCAUGCUCAAACCGGGCGGCUACAUCCAAUGGGACGAUCUGAACUACCCAGACACGCACGUCACUCGCAUCGAUCCCACGUGUCCGACCCCGGCCUUCGACCGGCUUCGCGAGUUUGUCUACUCCAAGGGCCGUCACGACUGGGUGAUGCGGCUGGACGAGAUCCUCACCCGCGAGGGAUUCGUCGACGCCCGCAUGCACCACUUCACCGAUCGGAGGGACUUGAUCAUGGCCAACGGCCACCAACAUCUGAUGACCAUGCUGGAAUUCGCUGGCACCUUGAAGGCCAAAGGGAUGGAGUUGGAGGCCCGCAAUCUGGAGGCGCUGCUGGCCGAUGUCAGCGCUGAAGCUGCCCAGGGGGCUGCUUUAUCGAUGCCCCGUGUGGUUUGCGUCGCGCGAAAGACAUGAUUUCAUCUUGCUUUUUUUGCUGUUUCUCCGUGUUUAUGAUCAAAAGAUGUUUACUUUGUGUCUGGAUUAUAAGAGCUAG